AUGCUUUCCCGGGCUGCUGCUGGUCAGCCGGCCUUCCAACCCUUGGUCUCCACUAGGUUCUUCUCAUUCCCCAAAAAGUAUCGAAGGAAGAGAGCGCCGCAUAAAAUCCUUGGGGUACCCGAGGACUCUACUUACGACGAGAUUAAGGCUGCUUAUCUUCAGAAAGCGAAGGAGCUUCAUCCGGACAGAAAUCCCAAUUCUACAGAGGAACAGUUUCUUGAGCUGAAGGAGGCUUUCGAUUUUUACGAAGAAAAGCAAAAGAGCCGGAGAAGAGCAUCAAAUUAUCGAGCUCCUCCGCCUCAAACCACCACUUACACUCAGUAUCAAGACCACACAACGCGUUCCGACUUUCGAACUCAUUCUGACUUCAUUAAGAAGACAAUGGACGAGGAAAGAAAGAGACAAGAACACGAAGAGGAGGAACAGUUCAAAGAUCGCCAGUUCAUGAAGACGUUUGUACCUACUGUAAUUGUCAUGUAUGUUUUAACGGUGGCUCGACAACUGCAGUUUGGGCAAAUCGAAGAUAACAGCCGUCCACCACUUUGGAAACAAAUCCUCUUGCAUUUCAUGAUGGAUAAAGACUAUACCUGGUCUGCGCUCAAACACAAGAAAUAUGUCAAAAAUCGGCUCGAGUCCAAUGAAAUUCGACGAAAAGAGCGAGAAGAACUAGAACGACAGCGCUUAGCUGGCGAAAAGAGUGAGUUUGUGCGGAAAACAGUAAACAGAACAGACUCAAAUGAUAUCCUGGCGCCACGAAUGCACAAGAUGCCGAUUGUCGAUCCGUCAGGUUUUAGAGAUUUUAACGCUUCAACGCACCAGUCGAAAAAUCGCGCUAAAGCAAGUGACUCCAGUGAUGCUCAAGAGUUGAGCAGAAAGAGAGAAAAGCAGCAGCGGGAGUUAGAUAAAACUCGUGAGGAGAAAUACAUGCAUGCGGCUUUUUCGAGAAAUGCAAGAAGCUCGACAUUCAAAGAUUUCAACGCUACAAGCCACCAAUCAAAGAAUCGGAUCAAGAAAAUUGACGAAGAAAAGAAUGAACUGGGGCCAGAGAGAAAUGCAAGGAGCACCAAACACCGGGAUUUCAACGCGUCUACUCAUCAAAAGAAGAGUAAUAAGAGCAAGAAGCUUGAUGAAUUGAGCAUGGAUGAAAUGGCCAAUGUAAACGAAGUCGUCCAGCGCUUGACAAAGCAGGAUCCUCAUCUUGCACAAUUCCUUGAGAAUGACUUUAAAACUGAGCAAUACGCCAUGCAGGUGCUAAAAUCCAGUGUCGUUUCCAAUGUUCUCGUCAAUUUGCAGAACUCAGUGAACCUUCUAAAUAACGAACUUCAAAAUCAAAUCUCUGCAAGACACGAAGAUCUUCUCGCACAAACGACGGGCAUCGAGUCCCUUGAGUCUGUGCUCGACGUAAUGACCUCGCGGAUCUCGUCCCUCAAAGAUGUAGUGGGAAGAAUAUCUGCGAGAAUUAGCGAGCCCUUUGCUAAAAUGGAAGCGAGAACACUUCAAUUAUCGCGACUGCAGGACGCGACGGAUCUCCUUCGUCGACUGAUUCGUUUGUUGUAUCUGACGAAACGCUUGAGAACACAAAUUUCGCAAGGAAUGAAAGAAGUUACGAAGGCUGCCCAAACUCUGAAUGAACUCGACUUUCUACAGCAAGAUAAUGAAGUCUUGCCGAAGAUAACUAUCAUCCAAGAAGAUUUAGAGUUUAUAUCAAAGUCACGGAAGGAUGUUGAAGUAGAAGCACAUCGUCUUUUAGAGAAAGGCAUCUCAGGCGAGAACCCAUCGCAAGUGGCCACCUCUCUUCAGGUCUUCUUUAAUCUCGGCCAACUGAGUAGCGCUGUGAAUAGGCAAGUCGAAGAUUGCAAAACAAAUGCUGAGAAGUCAAUUCAAGAGGCCGUUGACGUCCGUCUUCUAACAGAUAGCUCGUCGUCACAAGGAGCUCGACCUGGAAGAGCGAACAUGAAUAUAUCUAAUCAAGUCAACUUGAAAGCCAAUCUCUGGGCAUCAUUGGACGAAAUGGUGGAGUAUCUUCAUGUGAUGAUAAUGAAUGUGCAGCAAAUUCAAAAAGUGAUUUUGAAAAAACGCGACCCAGUUACGCAUCUUCUCUUCUCCGAACUUAUGGCAAAAGAAGGUUGCCAGACGAAUUUGAGUUUGGUCUUUUGGCGCAAUCUAGUCAGCCAUAUUCAAAAAGCUCUCAAGAAAUCGGCGCAAUACAAUGUCGUCAUUAAAACGACCUUCGAACAAGAAUACCCAAGACUCCUGCGAAUUCUGCUAUCUCUAUGGGACAAAGUCCAGCAAAAUAAAGAAGGCUUCAGUUUGAUGUUUGGCUCACAGGACACAGAGUACAACCCAGAACAGGAUCUUAGAAACUCGAUCGCCUCUUUCAAAGCCGCGUAUGUUUCAAAUUCGUUGAACAAUCUCCUGACUCAUGUGAACAAUUCCUUCCAGCCGCAUAUUUCAAACAACAAGACUAUCGUCGUGGCAGAUGUGGAUUCAGUAUCCAAGGAAAUCAAUUCUGAGAUAAGCUCAAUUCUCUUUGAUGACGAACUACAAAACGAUAUCAUAAAGAACAUUGAGCAGGCUGUUAAUCUUUACAUUGCAAAAGUCGAAGGGCUCGUCACGAGAACACCGAAUAGUGCUCAAGUUAUUGGACCAAUGAAUGACACUCAGGUUCAAAACUACGGCCUUGUUAACUCCACAUAUAUAUUGUCUGAGUACUUGGAAGGAACACAGGCAGAUCAUAGAGAAAGCCUUACUGAAACCGCGAAAAUCGGCUUUACUUCGAUGUUGGACUCAUGCGAACAGCUCAAGGAGACGAUCAUGGAACCGAUCUUUGCCUCUGUCGCUGAUGCAAUAGAAUCAAUCAUACUUACUAUGCACAAGGAGGAUUUUUCUAUAGACGAGUCCAGCGUAACAGACAAGCCGUCCCUUUUCAUCAGAGAGCUUGAGACCUUCAUCAAACGUGUCGCGAAGGACCAUUUCAGUUUUAUCCAUGCUCGCGCUUUUCUUGCACAGAAUUUAAGCCCUCUAGCUGGUCGUGCGUUAAAACUGUUUAUACGCCACAUAACCCUCAUUCGUCCGAUCAGUCAAGGCGGCAAGCAGAAGAUUUCCAAUGACUUCAAAUUUUUCGAAGAGGCUCUUUCGCCACUCUGUUCGAGACUAUGUGACCUGGAUAAAGUUUAUCAGACCUUCCGAGCGGUGAGGCCACUCGUCUGCGCCACCGAAGAAGAUAUCCUAAAUAGUGGAUGUAUUGGAGAAAGCGUUCCUCACUCUACUUGUAUCACGCUAUUAAUAUCAAGGGCAGCCGAAGAAUUAAAAUCGCCUUUUGAAGUAGCAGACUGGAGCCGUAGCAGAUACUCGCAAUGGCUAGACGAUCACGAGAGUGAGAAAGAGCGCCUGUCACUUCUAAAAGGCACCGUCGAAAAUUACACGAAGAACGCCACUCUCGAAAAUAAAACCGACCAUGGCUGCGUAAGUCGGUCGCUUUUUGUGAUUUUACUGAAAGCGACCGGUGAAAACAAGGAAGAGAAGCAGUUGAGAACAAUGGAGAACUACAUUCCCGACGAAACGACCAUCACGAAUGCUAGUGGAGUGAUUGAUAAGUUGUGCAUUAGCAAGAAGCUAGAACCAACUGAGCUUGAACUAAACAACGAGAGUGAUGUUACCGACACUGUAGAAAUGUUGAAGGCGAUCAUGGCUACGGAAGGAAACGCAACUGCCAAAGUUUACGCAAGUGAAGCUGUGGGUGUGCAUUCCCAAAUUGUCGGGGAAUUGACACACCGGAAAAGAGUCUGGAUUUAUACCGAAAUCUGCGAGUCGACAAUUACUACGCAGUGGAAACCGUUAGAAGAAUCGAAUUCGUCAAAAGACCUAGAUACACUCAUAGUAUCUCGGAGAGCUCCACGACUGGUCACUCUUAUCAGUAACUUUCUUAUAAAAGAACUUGUCAAAUUCGCUCCGAACAAGCGUGCACUUCUUGGUACUUCCUCGUCUAACUCAAACAGCUCCAGAAAAAGCGGCCAAAGAAACGAAGCCAACGGUGCCCGAGAAAACGGGCAGAAUCGAUCUCAAAGGAGCGACAGAGGUCGUGGAAAAGGCAAUAGAGGUGGAAGAGUUGCUAGAAGUAAAAACCAGCCGCUCAAUGACGCACAAAAGAAUAUCGACAGUAGCAGCGCAGCGGUAGCAGGGGGUAAAAAGAAAGAACGGUCGGCGCAUGGAAGGGGUGGAGGCGGUGCAAAUCGCCCCGCAGCGAAGGCCACUUCCGUUAGUGAACAACAAUGA